AUGAUCACAGUGAUGUUCUAUAAUCACUGUGUGGUCAUCUGCUUUCCACUGCAUUAUGAUGUCAUCAUGGACAUCAGAACCUGUGUUUAUGGGGUCAUCAGCAUCUGGGUCAGUGGGGCCAUCUCUGGAGUCCUUCAUGUGGCAGCUACUUUCUCCAUCCACUUCUGUGGUUCCCGCAUCAUUCACCAAUUUUUCUGUAAUAUCCCCAAGCUCCUGAGACUCUCCUGCUCCAAUGAGUAUCUAGUCAAGCACAGUAAGAAGUCAAGGACUAUGGAUAAUUUCAAUGUGAGUGGGUUUCUUCUCUUGGGAUUUUCUGCCAAACCUGAACAAGAAAUCUUUUAUGCUUCUGUGUUCUUAGUCUUAUACGUGUUGGCUUUAGCUGGCAACAUGCUCAUCAUCACCACAACUUCCCUGGAUGACAGUCUCCAGUCCCCCAUGUAUUUCUUCCUGAAGCAUCUCUCCUUGCUGGACCUCUGCUACAUUUCUGUGACUGUGCCGAGAUUCAUUUACAAUUCUUUCAAGCAAAGUGGAAAUAUCACCCUCUGGGAAUGCAUAGUGCAGUGCUUUGCUUUCAUUACCUGUUGUUCUGCCGAGGUGGCCAUGCUCACACUGAUGUCCUAUGACCGCUACGUGGCCAUCUGUCUUCCCCUGCGCUAUGAAAUCAUCAUGAAUGUCAGAACCUGUGUCCAUGGAGUCGUCUGUGUCUGGGUCAGUGCAGCCAUCUCUGGAACCAUGCAUACGGCAGCUACUUUCUCCAUGAAAUUAUGUGGCCCCCGCAUCAUUCACCAGUUCUUCUGUGAUAUUCCUCAGAUCUUGAAACUCUCCUGUACUCUUGACUAUAUCUAUGAGGUUGGUGUCUCUGUCUUCCUGUCUUUGGGGGCAUUUCUUUGUGUCAUCUUCAUAGCAUUCUCCUACGUGCAUAUAUUCUCUUCUGUGCUGAGGAUGCCAUCUGCUGAGGGCAGAGCCAAGGCCUUUUCCACUUGCAUUCCUCACCUCAUUGUUGUCUUAUUAUUUCUUUCUACUGGUGCCUUUGAGUACUUAAAAUCUCAUUCAGACUCUCCAACAGUGUCAGACAUUUUUAUCACUGUUAUGUAUACAGUAGUUCCACCAACGUUCAAUCCAAUGAUCUAUAGCCUGAGAAAUAAAGCCGUUAAGUCAGCCAUCAGAAAGGUUUUUAAGGGAAAUAAAGCAUAUCUGUGUGGAUGA